AUGCCUCAAAUGUCUCUUCUGCCCGCCAUGGGUGUUUUCGCCCUGAGUGCGCUCAGCUCCGGUGUCCUAGCUACCAUUGACACCUGCCCCUCCGACAGCCCUCUCAGCUGUCAGACCGACAACGAGGCUUCCUGCUGCUUCGAAUACCCUGGUGGCUCCCUUCUCCAGACCCAAUUCUGGGACACUGACCCUGUCACCGGCCCCAGUGACUCCUGGACCAUCCACGGUCUCUGGCCCGACAACUGCGACGGCACCUACCAAUCGAAUUGCGACGCCUCGCGCGCGUACACCAACAUCACGGAAAUCCUCGAAGCACAGGGCCGCACCGAGCUGCUCGAGUACAUGGACACUUACUGGCAGAGCGACGAUGAAAGCAACGAAGAAUUCUGGGAGCACGAGUGGGCCAAGCACGGAACCUGCAUCAACACCAUCGACCCCAGCUGCUACACCGACUACACCGCUCAAGAGGAGGUCGGCGACUUCUUUGACAAGACCGUCUCGCUCUUCAAGACCCUGGACUCCUACACUGCCCUCGCCGACGCGGGCAUCACCCCCAGCUCGAGCAAGACCUACGAGCUGAGCGACAUCGAGGACGCCCUUGCUGCCAUCCACGACGGCUACGCCCCCUACGUCUACUGCAGCAGCAAGGAACUGUCCCAGCUCUAUUACUACUUCAACGUCGCGGGUAAUGCGAUCGAUGGAACUUAUGUUGCGGCCGAGAGACUGGAGACCAGCAACUGCCCUAGCUCGGGAAUCAAGUAUCUGCCCAAGUCAAGCUAA